UGACCCUCUGUCUAACACCUUUGAAUUACAAUCCCCCUCAUAUUCUAAGCAAGUAACCCAAUGUCCUCUCCUCCUCACAAACUCCAAAAACUCGCGCCCUACAUCCUCCACUACUGGGGCGGCAUCCCCGGUCGAGGCGAAUACGUUAGACUCGCCUUCGAGUACGCCGGGGUGAGCUAUACAGACUCAAACGACAGUGCAAAGCUUUUGAAAACGCUGCGUUCCACGUCUCCGUCACAUUUCGCACCCCCGAUGCUCGAGCUUCCCAAUGGGAAGAUCCUUAGCCAGACUCCGGCGAUCCUCAACUACUUGGCGCCUAAGUUGGGGUUGGCGGGAGAGAAAGGAAACUUGUUGAAGAACGCUGUGGAGGAUGAUGACGAGAGGGAGGAAGCAGAGUUUGAGAGAUCGAUUGUCAACCAGCUGGUGUUGACUGCUCUGGACUUGUGUGUCGAAGCACACGACUCCCAUCAUCCAAUUGCCAGCUCGCUGUACUACGAAGACCAGAAACAAGAGGCUCUUCGCCGCGCCGAGGACUUCCUCAAGUUACGUAUCCCCAAGUACCUCGCGCACUUCGAGGAGACCCUCAGGAAGAAUAAGGUAUCACACUCGCACCUGGUCGGUAAGACGACGACCACUGCAGACCUGGUUCUGUUCCAUGUUGUUGACGGGCUGCUGUAUGCGUUCCCCCGACGGAUGGGGGCUUUGGACAAGGGCGGCAAGUAUAAGAGGGUGCUUAAGCUCCAUGAGAAGAUCAUGGCUGAGGGAGGGAUCAAGGAGUAUGUGGAAAGCGGGAGAAGGCGGAAGUUUGGGGUGGGGCUAUUCAGGCACUACCCCGAGCUAGAUGGGGAGGACGAAGACACUAUCGAGCCGGAGAAAGAAUAA